UGUUUUGUAAUCGCAGCGUUAUCCCGGUCUACUGGAACGCAAUUUCCGGUCUCUUACUUCCUAUGAGCUAUGUACGGCAGUUUAUAGUCCCCAGAACGAGACCAAUACAAUGAGAAGAAUAUGAACCACAACGAAAAGGAAAAUAAAUAUCGUUUUGAAGAAUAAUUUGUAAAAGUACCGACGGAAACAUGUAAAGGAAACGGAUAUCCCUGGAUCGGAAGUUCCUACCUCUCCCUCUCCUCGCCGCUAAAUUCAUCUAGCUGAAGUCCCGCCCUCUCUCCCGCCAAUAACGCUCAUCUCGAGCAUCCCGCUCCAUGCGUUCCGUCGUGAGAGGAGAACGCCUGGGACGAGGUUAUCCUGUACUGACCAUCCCUCCUGACUGUCGUGUUUUGAAGCAUUGAAAGUAGCGAUAGCGGUCACCACGCGUAGUUAGCUAGCUACAGCUGACCACAACUGGCAUCGUCUCCAUUUAGUGGAGUGACCCAGCUGACCAAAUGAACGAGCUGAUGAAGAGUUUGCCCUCUCCAACUCUCCCGGGGCUCCAGCUGCCCGGGCUGGACGCAUACCGCGGAUGGCUCUUCAAAUGGACCAACUACUUGAAGGGGUACCAGCGGCGAUGGUUCGUCUUGAGCAACGGCCUCCUCUCGUACUACAGGACCCAGGCCGAGAUGGCACACACCUGUCGCGGCACCAUCCCGUUGGUGACGGCCCACAUCGAGGUGGGCGACACCUGCCACCUGGUGUUAACGAGCGGUGGGCGGAGCUACCACCUGAAGUCCACCUCGGACGCCGAGUGCCAGCGGUGGGUUUCUGCCCUGCAACAGGCGAAAGCAAAUGCCACUCAACUGAUGCAGCACUCAGACGACUCAGGAGAUGAGGCCCCACUAGCGCAGGACGGCCGCGCGCUGACGGCUGGCGUGCUGAAGACUCUGGCAAGCAAGCUGGACGACCUGAACACCUGCAACGAGCUGAUAGGGAAGCACGGCGCCGCCCUCCAGCGCUCGCUCAGCGAACUGGAGGACCCGCGGGGGGCCACCGACGGCACGGACCGGCUGAAGGCCGUCAACGAACGGGCCACCCUCUUCCGCAUCACGUCGAACGCUGCCAUUAAUGCCUGCAGAGACUUCCUGGACGUAGCCGAGACGCACAACCGCCGGUGGCAGAGAGCCCUGCAGCACGAGAGGGAGCAGCGCCACCACCUGGAGCAGACCAUAGAGCAGUUGGCCAAGCAGCACAACAGCCUGGAGCGCGCCUGGAGAGAGAACCCCAACUCCCACACAGGUGUGGAUCGAACUCCGGAGGGGGAAGCCAGUGAUGAGAAUGACGACGGCGAGUUCUUCGACGCCGUGGAGGAGUCCCCUGCAUUCAUAACCGUGACAGCCAGCAACCACACGCAGCACAGGCGAUCAGUCAGUAAUCACAGUAUGAUGAGUGGAGGACGGCCCAAUGACUGGACUCACAACGAGAAUGACUGCUCAGGACCCAACCUCUUGCAGCAGCGGAGAGGUCGCAGACGCCGAAUCCCAGACAAGCCCAACUACUCUCUGAACCUCUGGAGCAUCAUGAAGAACUGCAUCGGCAAAGAGCUCUCCAAGAUCCCGAUGCCUGUGAACUUCAACGAGCCGCUGUCCAUGCUGCAGCGGCUGACGGAGGACCUGGAGUACAGCGAGCUGCUGGACCGCGCCGCGCGCUGCGACUGCAGCCUGGAGCAGAUGUGCCUGGUGGCGGCCUUCUCGGUGUCGUCCUACUCCACCACCGUGCACCGCACCGCCAAGCCCUUCAACCCCCUGCUGGGGGAGACCUACGAGCUGGACCGCCUGGAGGAGUACGGCUACCGCUCCAUCUCGGAGCAGGUCAGCCAUCACCCCCCCGCCGCGGCUCAUCAUGUGACCUCCCAGAGAGGCUGGACCCUCUGGCAGGACAUCACAAUAGACAGCAAGUUCCGUGGGAAGUACAUCUCAGUCAUGCCAUUGGGCUGCAUCCACCUGGAGUUCCAGGCCAGUGGACAUCACUAUGUGUGGAGCAAGGUCACCUCCACCGUACACAACAUCAUAGUGGGGAAGUUAUGGAUUGAUCAGUCUGGAGACAUAGAGAUCGUGAACAACACCACCAAGGAUUUGUGUAGACUGAAGUUCUCUCCCUACAGCUACUUCUCCAGAGACGCACCCCGCAAGGUGACCGGUGUGGUGCAGGACCGGGAGGGCGCCGCCCACUACAUCCUGUCCGGGACCUGGGACGACAGGAUGGAGUGCGCCAAGAUCGUAGACAGCAGCCCCGGGUGCGGCGGCUCCGAGGGCAAGCAGAAGACCGUCUACCAGACCCUCCCAGCCAAGCUGCUCUGGAAGAAGUACCCUCUACCAGACAACGCUGAGAACAUGCACUUCUUCUCGACGCUGGCGCUGACGCUGAACGAGCCCGAGGACGGGGUGGCGCCCACCGACAGCCGCCUGAGGCCGGACCAGCAGCUGAUGGAGGCGGGCCUGUGGGACGAGGCCAACAUCCAGAAGACCCGCCUGGAGGACAGGCAGAGGCUGGAGAGGAAGAAGAGGGAGGCCCAGGCCAACGAGGCUCUGGAGGAGGGCCAAGACGUCGAAGGCUACCACCCCCUGUGGUUCGAGAAGAGGACCAACGAUGGAGGGGAGCGGACCUUCGUCUACCGGGGUGGUUACUGGGAGGCCAAGGAGAGGCAAGACUGGACCCAGUGUCCGGAGAUCUUCUGAGGGCUUUUGGGACUUGGAACUCUACUGCUUCUAGGUCUGGACUUGGGACUCUACUGCUUCUAGGCCUGGACUUUGACACUAGAGGGGAGGCUGUUAAAGGAGGCUGAUGAGAUAUUGUUAGGGGUGUGUGUGUGUGUGUGUGUGUGUGUGUGUGUGUGUGUGUGUGUGUGUGUGUGUGUGUGUGUGUGUGUGUGUGUGUGUGUGUGUGUGUGUGUGUGUGUGUGUGUGUGUGGUGUUAACCUAACUGUUUUCCUGCUUAAAUUAGAUCCAUUUAAUAACUUACCUAAAUACUUGGAAUAUUAAAUCCUAGUUUAGACUCACUGAUAAUAAUAUCCCCAUCUACUUCAUGCUGCUUAAUAUAGAACAGCGUACGUGUUUCUACUGAGAUCGGUCUCGGAUCAUUUGAGCACAUUGUUUUUAUGUUCAUUGCUUGUAGACCAAGCUGUCGGUGUGAGUGUGUGUGGGUAAUACAAGAGGGAAGAAUGAGUUAUCCAUGGUUUAAAGAAAAGUUAUUAUGCAUUAAAAAGGCAAUUCAUUAAUGGGGCGUGGGUUAUCGUGGGACGCGAGUGGAGAGGGCAAUCUGUUGUUUUAACAUUUCUGGAGCAAUGUUCUCUUUCUGGAGUAUGACCUUGGUGAGAUGAAGAAGGACAAAUCUUCCACGUUCAUGCUGCAGACUCACCGGUCCCACUCAAUGGUGUCGGGAAAAUAUUCAUAUUUGUAAAUACCAAAACUACAUAUUAAAGCAUUUUCUUUAUUUUACCGAUGGGGAAAAUUUCAAUAAGUAAAAAAAAAAAGAAAAGUAAACUGCUGUGCAUAGAUGGUAGACAGAGAAACAUAGGUAAAUGGUUCACCAGGCGUGUCUGACCUAGGUGUUUAUGUACCAGACUGCUCAGGCUCAUUCUUGACCUUGAAGAGGUGUCAUCCACACUGGGGAAAUGUCCUCAACACUUUUUGAAAUGGCAGAUUUUGUCCCCACCCCUUUUUAAAAUAAUUAAUUGUUAAAAAAGAUAUCUGUAAAAUAGCUUGCUCCAAGAAAUGUGAAAUAACAAAUGAGGACACUUUGAGAAAGGUUUAUUUGCACGAUAAAACAUACAAUGCAAUGUAAAUUCAAAAGAAAAUGUCUCAAAGGAUGCACACGUAAUGUGUCCUCUGUAGUAGUCUAGGCCCUUUUGAUGCACCCUUAUGCAAUUUUCUUUCUGCAAGUAUCUACUGACCUCAUACCGAUGUCCCCAUUACAUUGCCUCAAAUCACACAUGUUGAGGACAGUUUUUAAAUUCGUUAUUUUCAUCUGAGCCCUUACGUCUCCACCACUUUUCAACACAGAGUGACACUUAAAUUAACCUCAUGUAUGAAAUAAGAUCUGAAUCAUAACACGGCAAUUAAAGAGUAAUUGCAACGAUUCACACCUCGGUUUCCCGUUGACACAAUCCAGCGGGAGAAUACCAUGUAGUUAUGAUUUAAUAAGGCUAGGUCUUGUCACAACAAGCCUUUUCUUACCGACUAACCACACUCUCUUCUCCCCUGCAGACAUCCCGUUGUGUUAUCUACCUGUUCCCUAUACUUUACGGCUCCAUUGUUCACCUUUUAGGUGUUGUCAGCAAUAUUUAAACUACACGACGGGCAGUAUAGAGAUGCUGUCGUAGAGAGGAUCAAAUGUCAAGGAAAGAGGUUUGCUCAAGGUGCUUCAUACAAGAAGAUUAAAGUUUGAAUGGUUUGAAAAAACUGCUGUUUAACACAGCUCUGUCUAGGAUAUGGUAGUCCUUAGCAAAAAUGCUUUGCAACCAAUCUACGUUUUAAAUGCAGCCAGGUAUCGAACCAUUGUGUCUUUUAUGUGGUAUGAUGUGUCCUCUUGCAUUGAGACAAAUGACUUGGAGAAAACUAUAUCAGCUGUAUUUGCAGGUGGAAUAAGCACAUGUAACAGUCAGGUUCUAAAACAGCACUUUUUAUUCUUGUUUCAUCUUGUGUGCCAAAUGUGAAAAACACAAAAGGUACCACAUGUACAAUGGCUGGAAGAUGUUUCAUGUAUAUUUCAGGCACUUCUGUACAAUUAUAGGUCUAUGUGUGUAAAUAUAUCCUCAAUUAAACAAUGACUAAAUAUCA